AUGGAGAACCAAAAGACAGAAACUUGGAUUGAAAAAGCAAAACCAUUCAUAGCUGUUUUGUCUUUGCAAUUAGGAUAUGCAGUUAUGGAUGUUUUAUCAAAAGCUGCAUUGAAUAAAGGAAUGAGCAACUAUGUUUUUGUUGUCUAUCGUCAUGCUGUUGCAUUUAUUGUCAUCACCCCUUUUGCACUCUAUUUUGAAAAUAAAGUGAGACAGAAAAUGACAAUUUCAAUCUUCAUCAAGAUAGUGAUGCUCGGCUUGCUAGAGCCAGUUAUAGAUCAAAACAUGUAUUUUUUGGGAAUGAAAUAUACAACAGCAACCUUUGCAGCUGCCAUGACCAAUAUGCUUCCUGCCAUUACUUUUAUAUUGGCUACCAUUCUUAGGCUAGAGAAGAUAAAGAUAAAAUGUAUACGAAGUCAGGCAAAGGUGUUGGGUACCAUAGCAACCGUUGCAGGUGCCAUGAUGAUGACGCUAGUUAAAGGCCCAAUACUUUUUGAAGCAUUUGGAAGCAAUAGUGACAAUCAUGAUAGUGGUGAUAUAACUAGCCAACAUGUAAUAGCUGGAGGAGUGUUGAUCACAAUAGGAUGCAUUUCUUGGGCUUGUUUUUUUAAUCUUCAAGCGAUUACCCUUCGAAGCUACCCUGCAACUCUUUCUCUUUCGUCAUGGAUAUGCCUCAUGGGCACAAUUGAAGGCGCAGCAUUGGCUUCGAUUAUGGAAUGGGGUAAUCCUUCAGUUUGGUCCAUAAAAUGGGAUAUGAGAUUGUUAUCUACUAUCUACGCAGGCAUAUUUUGCUCGGGUCUAGGUUAUUACUUGCAAGGAGUAGUGAAUCAAACAAGAGGGCCAGUUUUUGUCACAACAUUUAGUCCCUUAUGUAUGGUUAUUGUUGCUAUUAUGGGAUACUUUCUUCUUGCAGAACAAAUGUUCCUCGGAAGGGUGAUAGGUGCAUUUAUAAUUUGUUUGGGCUUGUACCUUGUUGUGUGGGGAAAAAACAAAGAUUAUAAUAACACAUCAGAUACAGUUAAUGAAGAGCCUCUUCAAAAAGCUAAGGAGACUGCAGGUGAAAAUUGCACUCAUGAAGUCAUCACUAUUCACUAA